CCGAGCUCGAGCCCCUUCGUUGCUAACGGCUCUCAGUAAAGCUCCGGCUUUGGGGACUGAGGAGGUCACGAGCGACUCCGACACCAGCAGUAUGUCUGACAAACGGCACUCCAGCCACGUCCAGUCUCAGCGGGUCCCGGAGUCCUUCAGGGAUAACACCAAGGCAGAACUUGGGCCUUGCGGAUGGAUUUUGGUGGCUGCCUCGUUCUUUUUCGUACUUAUAACCUUCCCAAUAUCGGUGUGGAUUUGCAUAAAGAUCGUGAAAGAGUAUGAAAGAGUCAUCAUCUUUAGACUGGGUCGCAUUUUGCAAGGAGGCGCCAAAGGACCUGGUUUGUUUUUUAUCCUGCCGUGCACUGACAGCUUCAUCAAGGUGGACAUGAGGACCAUCUCCUUCGACAUUCCUCCGCAGGAGGUCCUCACUAAGGACUCGGUGACAAUCAGCGUGGAUGGUGUGGUCUAUUACCGUGUCCAGAACGCAACCCUGGCUGUGGCGAACAUCACCAACGCAGAUUCGGCAACCCGUCUUUUGGCACAAACUACCCUCAGGAAUGCGCUGGGCACCAAGAACCUGUCUCAAAUCCUCUCUGACAGAGAAGAGAUCGCACACCACAUGCAGAGCACGCUGGAUGACGCCACGGAUGAAUGGGGGAUAAAGGUCGAGCGAGUGGAGAUCAAGGAUGUGAAGCUGCCGAUCCAGCUCCAGAGAGCCAUGGCUGCAGAGGCGGAAGCCGCCAGGGAGGCCAGAGCUAAGGUGAUUGCAGCUGAAGGGGAGAUGAAUGCAUCCAGAGCUCUGAAAGAAGCGUCCAUGGUCAUCACCGAGUCUCCUGCUGCCCUUCAGCUCCGGUACCUGCAAACCUUGACCACUAUCGCUGCAGAGAAAAACUCCACCAUUGUCUUCCCUCUGCCUAUCGACUUGUUGCAAGGCAUCAUGGGUUCUAAUCACUGAGCUGUCCAGGACUAUGGAGAGCUGUGCUGAAUCCUUCCCAGGGUAAAGUGGGGACAAAGUUAGCCUUUAACUCACAGGGAAAGUAGCCAACAGCUUGACUGCCCCCUCCCUCUCCUUUCCUGUAUGCACAGUAGACAGUCUUAGGAUGGAUAGGAAUCAUAGAAGCAGAUGAGGGGCUGACUCCAGAGCCAGGAGUGAACCUCAGUAGCAGAGCACUUGCUUACACGCUCAAGGCCCUGGCCUUAAUCCUCAGCACCAAAACAGAGAGAUGGCGCUUGUAAAUAGUGGGAGAAAGAGAUGGCUGGCGUCUGCACCCUGCUCUUAGUCUUCAAGUUUGUGUCUUUAUUCUGAAGUAGGUUGAGGCCAUCUUCUGACUUCCUUUAACUUGUUCUGAACCAUGAGCAAGCAGGCAAGUCAGGGCAAGGGACACAGCCUAGACAUGCCACCUGAGCUCUAUGACACUGAAGAAGUAUGUCACCCACUUCUCUGGCCUCCUGUGCCUUCCCUUCAGGGGACCUUUUGGAUUGGAUUGUUUUGUUUUUUGAGACAGGGUUUCUCUGAGUGGCCUUGGCUAUCCUGGUCUUGAACUCAGAGAUCCCCUUGCUUCUGCCUCUCCAGUGCUGGGCCGAAAGGCGUGCACCAACCCCGCCUCGCUCACCCUUCAGGGAAUCUUAAGGAAGGACGUUUCCCCAGAGUCCAUCCACCCACUCUAAGCCCAAACCUUGUUUUGGAAUGAUCCUCUCCCUCCUCCUGCUUGAUCCUGUCAGAGCCAAUGAAAAGGCUCAUGCUGGCCCUUCCAAGACCAAAGGUCACGCCUGUACUUUUGAAAAUAGUAGGUACAGUUUUCAAAAACCUUCUUGGCCUCCCCUCCACGAUGACCCCUCUGUGUGGCCUUUAAGGCAGCUAAUUCCUGUCACAGAAGUGCUCCUUUCUCACUCGUGCCUAUUUUCACGGAUCAGGUUUUUAAAUCAUUUUGAUUUUUAAAAAUAACUUGGAGUUCUAUCAAUAAAUUUUUAUGUUCCUUUGCUUAGCUUAAAUAUUGAAGUACUGCUAAUUUUUUAAAAGAAAGCCACUAUACUCUGCUCUCUGCAUACUAUUAACUCUUAUAUACUGUGAUAUAUUUUAAUUACUAAUCCCACUUAAGUAGCAUAAGGAGUUCCUAACACAAGGAGCUUGUGAUGGACCUUGUGCAGACACCCAUGCUAAGUUCUCUGUGCAGAGGGAGAAUGCUUAUGUUUGAUUAGUUUUGUGGGGUUUUCUUUCUUAUAUAAAACAUUGACACCCACAGAGGAAGUGGCCCAGCCCUCUGGACACAGUUUCUUACUGUGACAUCCUUCCCCUGGCCCGGAGCUUGGUGGUGACUUUUGCAACAUCGUGGAGGGUCUUGAUUCAGCUGGAGGAGCUUGAAAGGGUGGCUCCCUGUCACAGCAACACUGUUGACACUGGCCCUGAGCUGUUCACUGCCAGGCCCACAUGGAGCCCGUGACACACACACACACACACACACACACACACACACACCCUGUUCCUAGGCCUUGAGCCCCGCUGGGAGUUCUAGAGGUGUAUAGAGCACUUCCGCCUGGACUCAAGUUGCAUUUACAUUUUGAAUUUCAAAUGAUGGUUUUUAUCGGUUUAGAAAAGUGGUUCACCCUACACUGAGGACCAGGAAACCCUGUGUCCUGGUGAAAACACCUCAGAGGUAGGAAACAAUGCCCUUGGUUUUCUAAAUCCCCUGUCGAGACACCAACUGGCCUUUGCUUCUGUGCCUUGUGAAUUAGUAAUCCAGUAGGCUAAAACUCAGUCACAGGGAGGGGCGGAGAAAAGCAGGCCUGUAGGCAGGGUUGCUGGUGUGAGGGUUUCCACACAUCCUCCCCUUUAGCCGUGUAAAAUAAAGCGUGUACCCUGUGACCCGA